CGAACAGCAGCUGCGAACCGAUGUGGGCUCACGGCAUGAUGCACUUCGGGCUCGGGAUCCUCCCCGCGGCGCUCAAGCCAGCGCUUCGCGUCGGCCCGGCCGCCGCUCGCGCCGGCGGCGUCAUGCGCGCCUCGGUCGAGUCGCUCGGCCGGCCUGACGUCGUCGUGGUGGGCGGCGGCUUUGGCGGGCUCUACACCGCGCUCCGCCUGGCCAACCUGGGGUGGGAGGAGGCGGAGCCGCCGCGUGUGACGCUGGUCGACCGGAGCGACCGCUUCGUCUUCCUCCCCAUGCUCUACGAGGUGACGACCGGGCAGGCGUCCUGCUGGGAGGUGGCGCCGCGUUUCGAGGAGCUGCUCGCAGGCUCCGGCGUCGAGUUCGUGCAGGGCGAGGCGAUCUCGCUCGACGCCGAGGCGCAGCUGCUCUCUGUGCGGCGGCCGGAGGAGGCAACGGCCGGAGAGGGAGGCGCCGCCAACUCCUCCGGCACGACGGCGGGCGGUCCGCUCGCUCUUCCGUACGACGCCGCCGUCCUCGCGCCGGGCGCAGUCCCCUCGUUUGGCGGCGUCAAGGGGGCGGCGGAGCACGCGCUGCCCUUCUAUUCGCUCGACGACGCGCUCGCGCUGCGCGAGACGCUGCUCCCGCUCUCGCGCGCCCCUGCCGGCGCCAAGAUCUCCGUCGCAGUCAUCGGCGGCUCUUUCGUCGGGGCGGGGGCCGGCAGCCAGCGCGUGUGCUGCUGGCAGCAGCCCAGGACUGAGCGGUACCUUUCCGUGGACGGGCUGCCGCACGUGCACUGCCUCGGCGACGCCGCCUGCUCCGCCGACAGCAAGGGACCGGCGCCGCCAUCGACGGCGCAGGCGGCGAUGCAGCAGGCGGACUACGCUGCGUGGAACACGCGCGCCGCGCUGUUGGGCUCGCCGCCGCUGCCGUUCCGCUACACAAACUUGGGCGAGAUGCUCUCGCUCGGCGGCGAAGACGGCGCCGUGUCUGCGCUCGCCGGGUUGGUGCAGCUCCGAGGGCCGCUCGCGUCGUUGUCGCGCAAGGCGGUCUACGCGGCGCGGAUGCCCACGCCGGCGCAGGCGGCGCGCGUGGGCGCGUCGUGGGCCCUCGACGCCGCCCUUGGCGCCGCUGCGCUCGUGGCGCGCGGCGCCGGCGGGGCGGCCGGCAAG